AAAUUGGUGAUUAUUGAUGAUAAUAGUGACCGUUGGCUCAUUUUACAACUGACGAGCGACAGACAUUCAAUCUUUGUGAGAAUCCUGCCCAAGCCAUUCCUGUGAACCAGUCAACCAUUCCACUGCGCACACUCCAACAAUGCUCUGGUUAACGGAGACCAACAAUGGAAAACAUUAGGAACGAACAAUAACAUUUCAAAUAGGGAGGAAGCUAUUAGUAACACUGAUUUUGGGGCUUAAUGUCUUCGUUGCUGGUUAAGCCGACUUCAACGUCUCCAUCUCCGUCGUCACUCAUCUUCUCUUCUCGUUCUCGUUCUGGUUUGUUUUCUUCACUCAGCUUCGCCAGAAAGACGAAUAGAAGAUGCCUUCAACUGAGAACUCGCGCUUAUGAUUCUUCCGAUUUUAAAAAUUCUGGAACCGGCGACUCGAGACCCCCUAAUAGAACUCUGCCAAAGAGCCGGAGAGAAAUUCUAUUGGAGUAUGUUAAAAAUGUGCAGCCAGAAUUUUUGGAAUUGUUUGUGAAAAGAGCACCCCGGCAGGUGGUUGAUGCAAUGCACCAGACAGUUACUAAUAUGAUUGGGACACUUCCCCCACAAUUCUUUGCAGUAAUAGUUACCACAGUCGCUGAAAAUCUUGCACAGCUCAUGUACAGUGUUAUGAUGACUGGGUACAUGUUUAGGAAUGCGCAAUAUCGUUUGCAAUUGCAACAAAGUUUGGAGCAGGUUCCCUUCCUGAUGUACAGGAGAAAAAGGAACUAACAAGUGCUACUGGAGAAGAUGUAGUGUUGGCUAUGAACACAUUUAUAAAGCGCCUCCUGGCAGUUUCGGAUCCUCUGCCCAAACGAAGGAACUGCUGUAGGACUAGGUCAGAAAGAUAGAUCAAAACCCUACAAGUGAGGGACCUGAUCUCAAGUAACUUCACUCCUUCUGGAUAGGCGACAGCAACAGAGACUAGUGCACCAGAACUUGCCAGGUUGCUUUAUUGGCUGAUGGUAGUUGGCUACAGCAUUCGCAACAUCGAGGUAGGUGCAUUUUGACAUGGAGAGAGUACUCGGUACUCCUCCGAAGCUUGCUGAGUUAUCACCAGGGGAAAAUAUCUAGGUAUCGGAUGGAAGUACCAAGAUUGAAUGGUGAGUGGUCAGAACACAGUUACCUUUACAGUCCAGAGGUUGUAUCUGGUGGCAAGUCAGUAACCUUAUUUGAAAUUGGGAUUUAUCAAACCUAGAAGGCAAUUGUUUGGGGGUGGCUUAGUACUUUGGAAAUUGAUUGGUUACUUGGAUUUUACACAGUUGAGUUUGUGUAUUCCACUCAUUUGUGCUCAAAAAAACUUUUGGCCAUGAUAUUUAUGUAAAGAACCGGUGGAAAUGAAUAGUUAAGAAUUGAUUUGGAAUGGUUAUGGUAUGUCAA